UCCGUGCGCAAGUUCGUGCUCGACGCGGAGCUGCCGCCCGCGGCGACCUUCGAGGCCGCGGGCGUCGACCUGACGACGUUCUCCGUGACCAAGGUCUUCCUCCAGCAGACGCCGCGGAAGCCCCGCACGUCCCACCUCUCCCACGCCCUCCCGGAGGAGGAGAGCUCCUACGACUGCCACGCCUACGUGCGCGUGCGCACGUCCGUCGAGGGCGCCGCGUCCUACGGCUACGUCGAGGUCUUGCGCGAGGAGGCGGGCGACGGCCAGAUCCACGAGCGCAAGCGGCGCAUCCUGCGGCGCGAGUACGAGGCGCACCUCGCGACGGCGGACCCGCGGCGGAAGCCCAUCGCCCAGCGGCGGCUCCACUUCCUCUACGGGAACCAGUCCUUCGUCGUCCACCAGUACGUCGACCGCGACUUGGCGAUCCUCCACUGCCAGGCCGCGCGGCCCGACGGCUCCAUCGACUUCCCGCCCUUCCUCAAGGUCGGCCCGGAGAUCCACGACAGCCAGGACCGCGAGCACUUCUCCGCCUACGACCUCGCGCUCGACAAGCCGUCCUCGCCGAGCCGCGGGACCUACCGCAAGUCCCUCUCGCCGCCGAGCUCGCCGAAGACGUCGCCCACGGCCAAGAAGACGCCCGCGGCCUAG